CCCCGAGGCAGCCAGGGACCCCGGCCAUGCCCCGAUGCCCCCGGGACAUGGACGAGGGGCCAGUGGACCUGCGGACGCGGCCCAAAGCCGGGGCCCCCGACCCCGAGGCCACCCUGCCCCUGAGAAAGCGGCGCUACCGGGAGCCCCCCCGGGACCUCCCCCAGGAGCCCCCGGAGCCUUCAGCCCAGAGCCUCGGCAUGUACCCCGGCCUCCCCAGCCCUGCCACAGCCAUCUACUAUCCUGGCCCCUUCAUCUAUCCCGCCCCAGCCCUGGGGGCCCCGUUUCCAGUCCUGGGCCUGCCGCCGCCCAGCUACCCGAUGCUGUGCCCCCUGGAGAGCCCCCUGAGCGCAGACAUAGCCAAGGCCACCAGACCUGACGAGGAUGGAGACAC